UUCCCAACUCUAGGUUGAUUUACUGAUGUUUGGUACUGUGCGAGGCGUAUCAACUGGGACUUGAGAGAGAGAGUUUUUGAAAAGUAGGAACUUAGGCGGUUUGCUUUGUGUUGGGUUGCGUGGCAUGUUCCUAGUGAGGUGCUUAUGUUCGGGAGGGAGAGAAGGAGGAGAGGGUUGUGUGUUGGAGCAGUCUUGUUGAGUCGUCGUCUUUGAUGACAGCGCUCCUGUGCUCCUCUGACGGAUUCAUCCUUGAAUUUCGCGUUGGGUCUGUGUGGAGGUUCUUUUCUUAGUCUUGGAGUCCUGAUGUUCGCAUUCAGGGUUGGGAAUCUUGGGUCUGGUAGAAUGACCGAGUUGCUGUUUGUAACUGUGUCGGAUCAAUGGAAUCUUCACGGGAAUUCUUCUCGCUGUGCCUGCUUAAAUUCUGCAGUGCAGCUAGCCCAUCUGAAGAUAUCGUGCAGUAUCGACCUAUCGUGUUCGAUGAUUCUGUUGUCAUCAAGUCGUCGGAUUCGAAGGGCUCCUUAACAUUGGACUAUCAGAUUGGGUUCGACAAUGUAUCACGAGGUGGGCUUCGUAAUCUCAGUGACGCAGUGCGUAUGUGCGAGUGUUCCUCAACCAAUGCUUGUGAUAGGACGCACUUGCUCUCCAUCUGCACAGAGGCACAACGAGAAAUCUGGAAAACAAUCGGGUUCAAUUGGGUAAAUUAGUCGUACACAGAUCCUUGGAGAUAGUUUCGGUUGACCGUCAUUUGUGGAAACGCUUUCGAUCUGAAGCCCUGGUGCUUGCGCAGUUUCCGGAGCCUUGAGAUUAGUUAGGUUCCGUUCUAUAUGAGCUUUUUUCCAGUGUCACAUCAGUCACGGAGAUCUGGUGGGGUUGCUGGUGCCCACUUCAUGUGAACUGUGAUUUUUAUUCGAGUGCAACUUCGCCAGUUCCAGGUGAUGAGAGACGGUCCUCUGAACCUUGUGGGACGGACUUCUGUCUUCUGUCGUUAAGAUUAUUUGGCUAGGAAGGGCGUGAGCACGAUGCAGGGUGCCAGUCAGCAACAGUCUUCAAGUCCAUCCAACGAUUCCUUGUUGACUUUCGCCUUCCUUGGUCAGCAUCUGAGGCAAUUUUCGAACACGGUGCCAUUGCAUCCUCAUCAGAAUCAACUUUUACAGUCUUUACCUCUUGACUUUGCAUUGGGCGUCAAUGCACAGGAGCAAGCUCAAGCUCAUCAAAAUCAUCGAUCACACUCGCAAUUAGUGCCGAUAGGGGGUAGUGGUGGGGGAGGGAUUAGAAGUGGUGAUAGAAUGGGAGAGAUGUUGCAGCAUCUGCAGCAUGGGAACAUGGCCUCAAAUUUUGAUCAGCUUCAGUUCAGCAGCCAGCUGAUGAAUUCAAAUUUUUCGGAGAAUCUCUCCUGUCAAUCUACAGUGGAUCAGAAUGUACAAACCAUUAUGGAACAUCUCUCCAUGCUGCAGGAAAGGAUUUCGCAGCUGCAAGCCUUAGUGCCACUUAUUUCUCACACCGCGCACAGCCAAAUUGAGGGGAAUACAGUUGCCCAGCAGCAAGCAGCUAGCGCUGCUGUUGUGAGCAUUAUCUCUCAGCUUGCAAUGGUAGCCAUUGGUCUCCUUCCUCAAUCAUUUGAGAAUUCAGGAGGUCAAGGAAAUCAGUCCGCAGAAUUGCCUCUGAGCCAAUUGCUUCAAGCUUCUGUCGGGCAGCAGUCAAAUUUCUUCCAGCAGGAUACUGUGGGGGAACCUUUGAGAGCACCCCAGAGAUGCUCAUCGCUGGGAACUUCAAUGGGAAAUAAUUUUGGUACUCCAGCGGAGGUAGUUUCAGGGGUUGGUGCAGGAGUGAAUUCAAGUGUCCUCUCUGACAAUUGUGGACUCAGAUUUCCAAGUGGAGGAACCAGUUUUCCCGGCCUGAAUAGCGAUGGAGACUUAACAGGACCACAGAAUCUUAGUGGACAACCUUCUGCUGGUAGGGGUAGUUCUGGAACAUUGCUUCAAAAUCAGAUAUGCAGUGGAGGAGGCAAAGAUUUGGGAAGUGUUGCAGGGGGUGGUAAGCGACGUAGAGUUGCCAAUAAGGAUUCUAAUCUGUUAGAUAACUCACUUGCAGCAGGUACAAAUACUUUUAUUUCCAAUGAGUUGGGCGGUGUGAGCGGUGGUCUAGAGAAUCUUGAUACGGAAUCACGCAGCGACGAUGAUAGUGACGGCGAUGGUGAUGGUGAAAACAUCAUUCCUGGUUCAUUUGAUCUUGUAGAGAUGAAUGCCUCGGAGAUUUUGGCUGAGCACACACAUUUUUGUGAGAUUUGUGGGAAGGGUUUCAAGCGUGACGCCAAUUUAAGGAUGCAUAUGCGGGGUCAUGGAGACGAAUAUAAGACUCCUGCGGCGCUUGCACGUCCUGACAAGGAUUAUCCUGAUACCUCAGCAACUCGAUUAAGGCGAUAUUCCUGUCCUUGUGUGGGAUGUAAAAGGAACAAAGAACAUCGCAAGUUCCAGCCGUUGAAAACUAUGCUGUGUGUGAAGAAUCAUUACCGCCGCAGUCAUUGUCCUAAGGUUCUCACCUGCCAGAAAUGCAUGACGAAGAAAUUUUCAGUAGUAGCAGACUUAAAGACUCAUGAGAAGCACUGUGGACGUGAGAGGUGGCAAUGCUCGUGCGGAACUACUUUUUCACGGAAAGACAAGCUCUUUGGUCACAUCAAUCUAUUUGCGGGUCACACUCCUGUAGUAGUGGUCAUGCAAGAGUCAGAAGCUGGCGGUGGAGGUGGUGGUAAUUCAGCUCAGGACAAUCAAGGGUCUCCUAAUUCGGGAUCUUUCGGUUCUGAAAACAACGCUUCCAGAAGAUUCUUUGACUGACGGAUUCUCUAGGCUACUUGAAGAUGUGGCAUCUACUGGGAAUUGGUUUGCUAUCAAAGCAUAUAAGCACAUCUCCGGUUUGCUGCGGAGUUUCGCCGAAUCUCGAGUUCUUGAAAGAACCCACCAGUUCCAAGUCUUUAAACUGGAUAGAUGUGUGUACAUUGAAGUGCGAGGUUUAUGUAUGCCUUUUUUUUUUUUUUUUUUUUUUUUUUUCCCCAGUUGGUUUAAGUUAUCAAGCUGUUCAGCAUGAGAGAUGGAGAGAGUGAAGUGAAGAGCUUAUGAGCUGAACAAGCUACUGGAUGGAUAAAUGGAGGAGGCUCUGCACUGUUGGUCUCUCGCUUCCCCCUUGUUCGGCGUCCGAACCCAUUCAGUGUUUGGUUCCUUGCCCAAGCUCCAUUUUGUGUUUGCGGCUUGUUAAUAAAGUAUGUCAGUAGUGACUUGCUUUUUCCUUA